UAAGGCCCACAAUGUCUCAGACAUCUAAAGCUGCUGCUGCCAGCCAUGGCACUGAUACCAAGGAAAAGGGUACCCCUGCCCCAGCUCCCAUUCCUGUAGCCAAGCCCACAAAACCUGUGGAACCAGGCACUGGAUCCUUUAAGGUGGUUAUCUUUGAGCAAGAAAACUUUCAGGGAAGGCACACGGAACUCCUCAAUGAGUGUGUAAACCUUGGGGAGAGGGGCUUUGACAGAAUACGCAGUGUCAUUGUCGACUCCGGACCCUGGGUUGCUUAUGAGCAGUCCAACUUCCGUGGCGAGAUGUUUAUCUUGGAGAAGGGCGAGUAUCCUCGUUGGGAUACCUGGUCUAGCAGCUAUAGGAGCGACUGCUUCGUGUCCCUACGCCCCAUCAGAAUGGAUAGCCAGGAACAUAAAAUCACCCUGUUCGAAUCCGCGGACUUCAAGGGCAACAAGAUGGAAAUCAUUGAGGAUGACGUGCCCAGCCUGUGGGCCUAUGGAUUCUGUGACCGCGUGGGAAGCGUGAGAGUGCCUAGUGGAACCUGGGUGGGUUAUCAGUAUCCCGGAUACAGAGGCUACCAAUACCUAUUUGAAAACUGCGAUUACAAACAUUGGAAUGAAUGGAGUGCUUUCCAGCCUCAGAUCCAGUCAAUCCGUCGUGUCAGAGAUAUGCAAUGGCAUCAGAAGGGAUGUUUCCUUAUUCCCACUGCAACAGCCACCAAGUAAACAUACUAGGCGCCCCCAGCUUGACAGAGGACCUCCAGGAAUCCCUCUUACAAAUUGACCUAAUCACAUUUUUUUUAAACUACUCUGUCAACUCAUUUGUUGUAUAUUACACAUUUACUGGAUGUACUUUACUAUAU